UGACAGCCUGCUGUGAGUAGUUACUUUUGAAUUUUUCAACUGCUAAGCCACAAUCGUGAAGCUCAAACACUUUAACGUCAAUUUCGAAAUUAGACUCUCGGCGGCCUCCGUCCGUUGAUCUUCGGCCCUGAGCUACCGACGUCACCACCGCCGGCUUUCUUUGCCCCACGGGAUCGUCCACCAGAAACUCACUUCUCACCAAGGCAUAUCGCGCAUGCCUACGCCAGAGUUUGUACGGAGGUUACCUCGGUUUGUGAUCUUGGACAUACAGGAUUACAAGCCACAUCGACCCCAAUUGAUCGUAGCUACUCUGCGAGCUCUGUAAUCGGCUUCUUCGCCACGGAAUCUGCCUGGAAGCCGGAUCACAAUGCCGCCCGGCUUGCGGCUGAAGGCCAUUCCGUCCUCCGCCGUAAAAUCCACUUCAUUCCGUAUCGGAGCUGGGACAUCGGCCGGUCAUGUCUUGGUCAACCGAUGGUCAUCCACUUACACCGCUCCGACGUCAGAACUACCUUCACUCAAGCUUCUCGUUCAUCGACAUCUCACAGGAUCGGGUCCUGAUGCUUUCGUACCCUAUGACACUGCCAACAAUGAGCAGGAAGAAAUCCGCUCGUUGUUUCUCGAGUGGAAGAGUCUGAGCGAGGAACAACAACAGCACAGAGGCCACAUACCCCGCCCUCAUCUUCUUUCUUUUGAACCAACACCAACUCUCACGCUUGGGCGUCGACAGCGCCCCCUCACCUCCGAGCAAACCUCCUACUUCAAGUCUCCCCUCUACGUUAGUCUUCCUCAUCGGCGUAACCCUGUCAAUGAGCAGAGCUUCAUUCCCGAGGUCAAACAGACAAGCCGUGGUGGUUUGACAACCUACCAUGGUCCUGGGCAGCUUGUCUUGUGGCCUGUGCUAGACAUGCACUCUCCCCUAUAUGCGCAUUACUCAGUCAUGUCGUAUGCGAACCAUCUCGAAGCGACCACACGUCGUCUACUGGCAUGUUUGUUCGGUUUGGAAACUUAUACAACCCGAGAUGAACCUGGAGUCUGGGUUCGUACCCCCGCCGGUCAACCAGAACGUAAAAUUGCAGCAAUCGGAGUUCAUCAUCGGAGACACGUCACAGCCCUUGGUAUUGCUAUCAACAUCGACGUCUCGGUAGAUGGUCCCGACGUUGUUAAUCCUUGGGCUCGUUUUGUUCCUUGCGGCCUUGAAGGUAAGCUUGUCACCUCUGUCGCCGCCGAAUUAGCAAUGAAAGAUGGUAUCGCGCGACUUGGUGGCUGGAAUACUGCCUCACUAGCAGCCGUGUGGGCGAAGAUAUUCGAAGAAGGGAUAGUAGAUGAUACAAAGAGAAGUAUUGACGGCGAGGGAAGCUCUCAGUUCCGUCGAGCAGCCUCAUGAUACUUGGCUCUAGUAAACUCGAUCAGUUCCAGCCUAGAUAUUCUGCUGUCAGGCCGUCACAAAACAUCACUGGCUAAACGAGUAUUAUGUGUCAGUGUAUACUAUAAGUUUUAGGUUCGGGUACUCAUGUGGUAUUAAUAUGAAGGUAAAUGACUCAGGGGGCUCAUGGCCAGUUGUCCUCUUUCUCUAUAAGC